AUGGGUCAAACCACCAGUGCAGAUGUAUUUACUUCUCGCUCGGCAGGAGUUUUAAACAUUAUUCCAGAAAAUGUUUGGGAACGACAAAUACACAUGCGUAAUACCAACGUGAAAGUGAAUACCAAUCCAGAAGAGUAUUCCAUUGUUCUCAAAGAUGGAAAGCUGAAAGAUCCCAAUAACCACUCGAGCACUACCACGAAACGAACCACAAAACGAAAAAAGAGAAGACCUCGUCCACCACCCGCCAACACCACCGUAGCGUCCACCGAAGGACGAGCCUCUACUGUAGCCCGAAACACAUUACCCAUACAGGGAUCAUCGGAAGAGGCACGUUCUUCCUCAUUAUUGAACAACACGAGUAACAAUUAUGGCUUGAAUCAAGUUCCAAAAGUUAAGCCACUCCCAAGACGAGCUAAAACCAUAUCAUCAUCAUCCUCUUCGGCCCGAGAGGUGAUUAGGAAUGAGGCCGUUACAGAUUUUCCCAAUGAAAACGACGAAGAAACCUUUGAUCAACUCAUAGAAGCAACCUAUCAAGAGACCUUAAACAAAUCGCAACCACAGCAGCAACCAUCACGUGGUAACAAGAGACCUCCACUCCCUCAUCCCGUUCUGUAUUCACCUUCUCAAAAUCCUCAGCCUGUGCGUCCUCAAUCAUCGACUACUGAAAUUUCAAAUACCCAACAAGAAGCAGAAAAUACUGAAGAUUCCGUUACGCUAAGAACACCACAUGAAGCCAAUAGGCAUGACAUAUUUAGUAAGACGAACAAGAAUUCUCAUCAAUAUGAGGAUCAAGAUGUUGAGGCAAGUAGUCACAGAGCUACCUCUCAACCUGGAAUUCGAUCGUUUGCACCUUCUGCAAUGACCAAAGAUUCUACCAAUGCAAGAAAGAUCUUUGGUGUGGGACAAGCACUGCAUGAGGAAGAAGAUGACGAUGAAGAGGCUGCUGAUAUUGACGAUGAAAACAUUGAUGAAGAAAAUGAUGACGAAGUUGAUGAAGAGAACGCUCAUACCACCGUCUCGUCACCAAGAAGUGGAGAAUUGACUGGAACACCUCGAAAUCGCUCUCAAGAUGCAACUAGUUCACAACCAGGUAACGAAAGUGAGCAACCAACGAGUAAGGUUGUUAUUAUUGAUUUUGGUCAUCAAACCACUAAGGUUGGAUUUUCUCAUGAAGAUCGUCCUCGAGUAGUGAUUCCAUCAUGCUACAAUAUUGAAGAGGAUCCACGAAAUAACAAUCAGAAAACAAUCAAAUUUGGUGGCACCAUCUCAUUGCAACAGACUAUUUGGUUUUUCAAAAAUGGAAAGUUCACUUUCUCUAGACACGACGAACAAGGAAGAGAAAUCUUUGUUGCCUUUGUUAGAUACAUUGCAAAAGUAUUAUUGGGACUUCAAGAUGCCUUCAAAGGCAAAACAGUGAUGAUUGCUCUGCCUUAUAUCUUUGGCGAGGACAAGGACCAAAUGGUCAUGUUAUGUGAAACAUUCUUCCAUCCUUCUAUUCAAGCUAAAAGUUUGUUCUUGUGUGGAACACCAUUAUUUUCGUUCAUUAGCGCAGCAGCGAAUCACAUUACUGACAAUAGAAGCACAGCUUUGAGUGUGACUGUUGGACAUGGAAUUUCUCAAGUAAUUCCUAUUGUGGAUGGAUGUCCAUUUUCAACAUGUGGAGUGUCUUCUGUAGUGGGAGGAGCAUUGCAAGGAGAAUAUCUUGUUACUUUAAUUAAGAAAGAAGUCGAACGCGAAGGUGUAACUUUGGAUGACUCUCUCAUUACAUAUGAAAGCGUUGAAAAGGAAAAGAUUACGAAUUGUUCACUCGUAAAGUCAUUCAGGCUCAAUAAGAAACGACCUAACGAAUGUAAGGCUAAAUUCUUCAAGAAGACAAUGAAUCCAGUGAAGGGUGUGAUUGAACAUGUACUAGAUCAUCGAUGUUUGUGCCCAGAAUUGCUUUUCACACCACGUUUGUAUGAGAAGGGAAGACCAAUUGUGAGGAGAAUUAGUGAUGCCUUGUCGGCCAAUGCAGACUCUGCUCAGUUGUCUUCCACAGAAGAACCACCAGUGUCUGCACAAAAUGGAUCAUCAACAACCUCUAAUAAGGACGAAGAAGAUCCAUAUUUGGGUGUUGUUGCAUUGAUUGAGAAUUGCUUGAAGAAAUGUCCCAAAGAAUUUCACGAACUUUUAUUAUCCAACGUGGUUGUGUCUGGAGGACCUUCUCAAAUUAGAAAUUUUGUUGAGGAAGACGCUCCUCCAUUUGAUUUUUCAGUUUGGUAUGGUAUGAGCUUUCUGUCAACCUCAAUAGAUAUUGACGGAAGAGAAUUAGAAGGGUUACAUUGCAGAGUUUUGCUUGAAGAGGCUAGAAUGGAGCACUACACAUUGGAUGAUGUCAUUAUUUCAAGAAGUUAUGUUAGUUACUGCUAA